AUGUACUUCUUCGCCUCGUACGUAUUUUUAGGAAAUGAUGCUCCUGGUGGGAGCAACUCAUUCAAAAAUUCAAGUAGUUCUCUCCAAUGGUCUGUGGAGUUUGUUAGAGCUUUCCAGGAUUGGGAGGUGAGGGAUAUUACUGAACUUUACAGUGCAUUAUAUGCGCUGAAUUUAAAGGCUGGAGAGGAGGACAGGUUGCUUUGGUCCUAUUCGGGGAACAAGAACUUCUCGGUCAGAUCCUUUUAUAAGAUUCAAAGCUUUGAGGCAGAGCUGUCGGUACCUGAACUUGCUUCUAAAGAAGGUGGUCCAGAGACAUUUCGUGGAGUAUUCAUCCGUGCUCCCGGAAUCCUUGAAGUAGGGCCGGAAGUUCAAGUGCUGGCUGAGUGUCCUGUCCCAUCAAACAAGGUGUUGGCUUCAAGAGCUGAGGUUGAAGACCAAGAGGAGAAAUUGUCUGAAAAGAAAGUGAUUGUAGCUGUAAGGCAGGGAAACUUGCUAGGGACUGCCUUCCAUCCUGAAUUGACAGCAGAUACUCGAUGGCAUAGUUACUUUUUUAAGAUGUCAAGCGGUGUCGCAGAAGGGGCCUCAAGUAGCAUUGUUGCUGUCGGGGGAGAGGUUUUAAGUUUAAGCAGGCAGCCAAUCAUCGACCUUCCCAUAUUUCAGUAGUUUCAGGCAGAAACUAAUAAUUAUCUCUACCAUAUGUUUUCUCCCCUAGUUUGCUUUCAAGGGUUGGUUUUUUUUGUUUUUGUUUUGGCCUUUUAAAGGUCAUUCACAUUGAGCAAGUAUUCUUUAUGGUUGGUUUAGCUCUAUAGUAGACA